CACCCCUGUUGUGCACACAGUCAUUGAAUGUGCAUGAGAUAGAAGAAUGCACAUAUAACGUUUAUUGGCGGAGGAUGUUUAUUUUCUGCACGAGUUAUUUAUUAUUGCCAUUCGCUGUCUAGCUUUCUGGUUUAAUUACCCUGAAAAAGAUUCACUGAACGCAGGUUGUGAUCUCCAGUAUUGGUGCCCAUCAUGGCAGGAGGCAUCACAGAGACCGGGGAGCUCUACUCCCCGUAUGUGGGCUUGGUGUACAUGUUUAAUCUGAUCGUGGGCACGGGGGCACUGACGAUGCCCAAGGCCUUUGCCCAAGCAGGUUGGGCGGUCAGCCUGGCGCUCAUCUCCUUCCUGGCGUUUAUGAGUUACAUGACCACUACGUUUGUGAUCGAGGCCAUGGCAGCAGCCAACGCUCAGCUGCGCUGGAAGAGGAGGGAGCAGGAAGAGGUCCAAGACAGCGACUCCACCUCUGAUUAUUCGGAUGAUGAUGUCCGGGGACGAUCAGAGCCAGAGACGAGGCCCAUUUUGUCAGUCCAGCGAACAGGAGGACACGUUGAUCACUUUGACAUUGUGGAGAGGGUAGAGAUGGGUCAAAUGGCCUCCAUGUUCUUCAACAAAGUUGGUGCCAACAUGUUCUACAUCUGCAUGGUAGUCUACCUGUAUGGAGACCUGGCCAUCUAUGCUGCUGCUGUACCCAUAUCACUAAUGGAAGUAGCCUGUGGUAACCACUCAUGCAGUGCUGGCAGUGUGAAAUACGACGACACCGACUUGUGCUGGGGGCCUGUCACCAGGAAAGACGCCUACAAGGUGUUUCUGAGCAUCUUCACUGUGAUGUUGGGCCCUUUCGUCUUCUUCGAUGCUCAGAAGACUAAAUACCUCCAGAUCCUCACCUCACUCAUGCGCUGGAUCGCGUUCACCAUGAUGAUUAUCCUGGCUCUGAUCCGUAUUGGUAAAGGCCGGGGCGAAGGCCACCCCCGUAUGGCCCAGAUCUCUGGGGUGCCAAACCUGUUUGGAGUGUGUGUCUACUCCUUCAUGUGCCAGCACUCCCUGCCCUCCCUGGUGACGCCCAUCUCUGAUAAGAGGCGUGUGGGUACCCUGGUGGUGUGUGACUAUGUCCUCAUCCUUGGCUUCUACGGCCUGCUCUCCUUCACAGCCAUCUUCUGCUUCGACAGCUCCCUGCUGCACGACAUGUACACCCUCAACUUCACUGACAACUGUGACGUGCUGGACAUCCCCGCUUUGCGCUACUUCCUGGGCCUCUUCCCCGUCUUCACCAUCAGCACCAACUUCCCCAUCAUCGCAGUCACGCUGCGCAACAACUGGAAGACCCUUUUCCACCGUGACGGGGGCACCUACCCCUGGGUGGUUGACCGCAUCGUCUUCCCCCUCAUCACCCUGGUGCCGCCCAUCAUCGUGGCCUUCUGCACCCACAACCUGGAGUCCCUGGUGGGCAUCACGGGCGCCUACGCUGGCACGGGCAUCCAGUACGUCAUCCCCGCCCUGCUGGUGUACUACGGCCGGCGCCACCUGGUGCCUAUGCUGGGCACGGACGAGGUCAACAAGCACCAGUCCCCGUUCCGCCACACCUUCUGGGUGUGGUUCGUAGUGGUGUGGGCUACCUUCUGCCUCAUGUUUGUCACAGCCAACAUCAUCCUGGAGGACACCAAGAAAUGAGAACACUGACUGACUGUGAAAGACCGGUUUCUCUGUGUGGGUGUCUUGUAUUUCUACAUUCUCUCUACCUGAGGCCUUCCAGAACUUGGUACAGGUCGGACGGUGUGCCUUUUUAUGCUGCUCUUGUAGCAUGGGGAACCCUUUUAAUUACAGUGGUAAUCAGCAGUUGAAACAAUUAUAAAGUGUCCUCCCCACCCCUGUUUCAGUAAAAAGCUUGAGGAUGGGACUGGAGAAAUGUAACCAUUAUCAAAUUCAUAGACCGAGCUAUGCAUGCAAGGACUAGCCUUCCAUGAUAUCACAAUUAGAAUUUUAACCAUGUUUUGAGGCUAUAGAGUGUUUAUUUACAUUUACUUUGUUUACAACAUUGGAGUACAGAAAGAUUAUAUUAUAGGUACUGAUCAGUUGUGAGAGUUGAACUAAGCGGAUGAGGCAUUUCUAAGUUAUAUUCUUCAAGAAUCAACGGGCACAUAUAAUUAAUAAAUGUAUCAACUGCAGAUCACCCCUUUUAAGAGUAAUCUAUACCAUUUGUGGAAAGGGACCAAAUAUCUAGUGAUUGUAUGAAAGCUGCUACUGUAUGUAGGAACGCAAGGAAGAGGACCUUGUUCACUCUGUUCCAGUGUCCCUCUGUAGAAAGAUACAAGCUGAACAAUCAAAGACUGUAUUAGCAAGGCAUUGCACUACACAACAGCACUGUUUUUAAGCAUAUACAAAGAGCUGGUCAACUUGUUUCCAAAUGCCUCAUUUUAAAUCCAAAAUAACUGAAGGAAGGAUAGAGCAGGGAGGUGUCAGUGUUCCUCUGGACCUUCAGAAACAGUGUUGUGGCUAAAGACAGAAUAUGCUGAAACUAUGGAGAGAGCUCAGUGGAGGAAAAAUAGAACCUGACAACUAACGCAACGCUCCUGUUGCUAAUGGCAAUGCAGAGAGACUUUAAUGCGGCUUUAAAAUUAACUUGGGAUGGUGAAAAAAGCAAGCUAAAUUAAUCUGCGAUAAUCAGUUUAUUAUGGCUGGCAUUUUUACAUUCCUCACUGGUGGCUCUGCCUCAGUUCUCCUUGUCUUCCCUGUGAACAAUGAACUUUUGUCCAUGACAGAUCCCUGACUGAUGGGCCUGAUGGAAGAGCUCCGUCUCUGGUCAUCAGGAGACCGAUCUUGAGUUCAAACUCUGUACACAUACCACCCUCAUGUUUUACUGUUCACCACCAAAUCAUCAGCUCCAUGUCAGCACCCGACUGCUCUCUGUUGAACUUUGACCCCAGAAAGUUAUCAAUGGACACAGGAAGGUUUAUGUUGGCUACAUCACCAGGAGCCAACUGGUACGGUGCCUACUGUGCCCACAAAGACUCCUCUACAGUAGUCCCAGUAUAUCUCUUUUUGCAAUCACUGGUUUGCUCAUACCAUGAACUGCACUGUUGGUUAAGGUCUUGUAAGGAAGCAUUUCACGGUAAAGUCUACACUUGUUGUAUUCUGCGCAUAUGGCAAAUAAAGUUUGAUUUGAUUUAAACCAUCUGUCUCGUGCUCGCUCGUAACGAGAACUUGUCAGCUGGCUGAUUUGUUGUCAGCUCUUUACUUGAGGUUUUAUUACAGUUUCCUGGUAGCUCAGUUUGAUCGACUAAUUAGAUGUUACUUCCAGACAUGUGGGAACAGCCUCUUCGCCCCGAGCUCUGCUCAUGCUGAUAUCCACAUUAUACGCUUCUGUCUCAUUGUCAUGUCCUCUGGUUCUAUAUAUCUAUAUAUCUCUGCUCUAUAGAAUAUAUAUUAUGUCCCAUUAUAGUCAUCAAGUUUGGAGCCCAACUACAGGAGUCAUACCUUUGUGAAACAGUAUUGUUGUUGGGGAAUGUAAAUCAUGUUUUGUGGUGUAGGGCUCCAUGUUACGCGGUCACAUUUAGAAUAGUGGUUUUCUUUUAGUAUGUAAGUGCUAAAGUAAUAGCUAAAGUGUAUCGUUAGCUGCCUGUCAUGAGCACACUUCGUCAAAAAGGGAAAUACUUAUUACCAUUCAUGGUUUGCACCUGCAACAUUGCACAAGUUUGCACAUAAUUGCCUUGGGUUUUACCUUUUUGUGUGUUUUACGUAGACUUUUGCAAAUGGUUUAUCAUCCAGAUGUUUGUAAGGGUUGAUGACUAUGGUAUUUAUCUAACAGUCUUCAAUGGUAUUCUUAACCCAUCAAUAUAUACAGCUUGACACUAUUUAAAAUGCAUUAGACUAAUAGUCAUGCAUUGUAGCAUAUUGAUGGCAGUACAGUUUUGUUGAGGACUAUUGAAUGAGAGACCUCUGCAUGUUGUUGGUAUUGUGUGUGUUAGGACAGAAAAAGAGUGCUGACUAUUUCUGUAACACUGCUUCUCUUCAAUCUUGGGUUCCUUCUGGUAAUUAUUGUAAACAUUACAUUUCUGCAUGCAGCUCUUUCCAAAAUUCUGUAGCCAGUAGUCAGUUGUUCCUUUAAGCCUCCAGAUUGUGAUGGAUAGUUACUCCUCUUCUUAUUUUUCCUCAUCUUCUUUUCAAUACAAAUGUGCAAUAUGUUUUGAACUGGGUUGGGGAAGUGAGAUUUCAAGCGAAUUUGAACUGUUUCUGAGAGUGUUUGUCUGUGUGUGUGUAUACUUGUGUGUGUCACUUUGAAAAUAUUUGAAAUGCGUGCGUCUGACUCUUAUUUGGAGUUGUGAAAUGUGCCUUUUUCCUGGGGUUAUUGUUUCCAUUAAUUUGUUGACUGUUGUUUUUCCUGGCACGUCUUUGUUUUAAGCAGCCUGUCAGAUAAGAUCUGCAUGUAAGCCAGUUAAAUUAACUGACAACCAAUGUCUCCUUAAAAUAAACUGGGAUAUCCUUGUCUUCUAAAGUGUGGGUUCGCCUCAUCUUUGUGACUUUGAGGCAGUUUUGUGAUUAUUAAAGAGAUAUGUCAUUAACAUUGUAAUUUCAGAACAUUUCCUUUAAUAUAUCAACAUUUAAUAGUGGAAUGAUAGUUUUUCACAAUAUUUUUUCCAAAAUGUUUUUAUUGGGCCCACACAAAAUUUACAUUCUGAUGGUGCAACCUUCUUAUUGGCCAACAAAAGAUGUACUGGCUCUUGUCAAAUUAGUGUUUUUUUAGGCUUUUUGAGGUUGGUUAGGUUUUGCAAAUGUUUAAAACAAAUGCACUAUGUAUUAUGUGGGUUGAAUGCUGUAACACAGAAUAAAACAAUGAAUUAAAGUCCCAUGAUGGUAGACUGCCCCUUACUACAUAUAAUCUUUUAACCUGUCUAGCCCCGGGGUUCCGCUAGCGGAACUCCUCCCACAUUCCACUGAAAA